AUGAAGAUCAAACUGGAAAUUCAGAAAGGCACAUCAACACACAUGAAGGCAUUCACUCGUUCAAGUGACUUACAGACUCACAUGAGGACACACACAGGUGAAAAACCAUAUACAUGUGAAGUGUGUGGGAAGGCAUUCUCUCGUUCAAGUGACUUACAGAGUCACAGGAGGAUAUUACAAUUAGAUGAUAAACCUUAUAAAUGUAAUUUGUGUGGAAAGGCAUUCACUCGUUCAGGUUACUUACAGAAUCACAUGAGGACACAUUCAGGUGAUAAACCUUAUGAAGGUGAUAUGGAAAAAGAAGUCGGGUCAUCCAAUUCAAAGAUUCAAAGUGAGGCUGAAGAGUCAACCAGCAAAGCUUUUCAAUGUGAUUUCUGUUUAAAGAACUUCAGCCUGUCCAGUAGCUUGAUCAGACAUAAAAGAAUACAUACUGGAGACAAACCUUAUAAGUGUGAUGUGUGUGGGAAGGCAUUCACCCAGUCUUAUACCCGUCAUGAACACAUGAGGAUACAUACAGGUGAUAAACCUUAUAAAUGUGAGGUGUGUGGGAAGGCAUUCAACAAAUUAUGUAACUUAUACUGCCACAUGAGGACACAUACUGGUGAUAAAUUUUAUCAAUGUGACAUGUGUGGGAAAGCAUUCAGUCAGUCACAACAUUUACAGAAACACAUGAAAACACAUGCAGGUGAUAUACCUUAUAAAUGCAGUGUGUGUGAGAAGGCAUUGGCCGAUUCCGGCUCCUUAAAAAGACACAUGAGGAUACAUACAGGUGAUAAACCUUAUACAUGUGAUGUGUGUGGGAAGGCAUUCAACCAAGCACACAACUUACAAAAACACAUGAGAACACAUACAGGUGAUAAACCUUAUAAAUGUGUUGUGUGUGGGAAAGCAUUCAGCCAGACAAAUCAUUUACAGACACACUUGAGAACACAUACAGGUGAUAAACCUUAUAAAUGUUACGUUUGUGGAAAGUUAUUCAAACGGAAGGAUACCUUACAAGUACACAUGAGAAUACAUACAGGUGAUGAACCUUACAAAUGUGGUGUUUGUGAGAAGGCCUUCAAAUAUGUCACCAAUUAUAAAACACACAUGAGGACACAUACCGGAGAUAAACCUUAUAAAUGCGAUGUGUGUGGCAAGGCAUUCAGCCAUUCAUAUACUUGUCAGACACACAUGAGGACACACACAGGUGAUAAACCUUAUAAAUGUCAUGUGUGUGGAAAAGCAUUCAGCCGGUCUUAUACCUGUCAUGAACACUUGAGGAUACACACAGGUGAUAAACUUAAAAACUGUGAUGUGUGUGGGAAGGCUUUCAAUAAUUUAGGCAACUUAUACCGCCACACGAAGAUACACACAGGUGAUAAAUCUUAUCAAUGUGAUGUGUGCGGGAAGGCCUUCAACCAAUCACAGAACUUACAAAAACACAUGAGAACACAUACAGGUGAUAAACCUUAUAAAUGUAAUGUGUGUGAGAAAGCAUUCAGCCAGACAAAUCACUUACAGACACACAUGAGAAUACAUACAGGUGAUAAACCUUAUAAAUGUAAUGUGUGUGAGAAAGCAUUCAGCCAGACAAAUCAAUUACAGAUACACAUGAGAACACAUACAGGUGAUAAACCUUAUCAAUGUGAUGUACAUUCUGGUGAUAAAUCUUUUCAAUGUGAUGUGUGUGGGAAGGCAUUCAACAAUUCAGGAAACUUACAGAAACAUAUGAGGACACAUACAGGUGAUAAACCUUAUAAAUGUGAUAUGUGUGAGAAAGCAUUCAGCCAGACAAAUCACUUACAGACACACAUGAGAACACAUACGGGUGAUAAACCGUAUAAUUGUGAGGUUUGUGAUAAGUUAUUCUCUCGGAAAGACACCUUACAAGGACACAUGAGAAUACAUACAGGUGAUGAACCCUACAAGUGUGAUGUAUGUGAGAGGGCCUUUAAAUAUGCCACUGAUUUAAAAAGACACAAGAUGACACAUACUGGAAAUAAACCUUAUAAAUGUGAUUUCUGUCUAAGAGCAUAUUGUAAAAAGUCAGAUCUAGACAAACACCGGAAGAUACACACGUGUGAUUAACCUGUUAAGUGUGUGUAGAAAAUCAUUCAACCGAUCUACAUACAGAAAUAUAGAGACGAGAAACCUCAGAACUGUCAUAUUUUCGGAAAGGUAUUCAAUCAAUUACUAAUGCAUACGUUAAAAAUCUAGAUACAGAUAUAUAGAGGCGAGAAACCUUAGUAUUGUGAUGUGUUUGGAAAUUUGAAAAAAUAUCCACAGAUCUAGCAUUUAAACUUACAAAAACUCAUGGUGACGCAUUUCAAAUAAAUGCAAAACCGUACAAAUUGCAUUUAAAGUAACCUACAGAAACUCAUGGUGACAUAUUUCAAACCUUACUAAUGGGAUGUUUGUGGAAAGUCAGUUGAAAAAAGCCAUAGAUGAAGAGCCAUUUGCGGAUAUAUAAAUGUUUGAUAGCCUAUACCAGAAUACCUCUGAAAACAGA